AUUGUUUCCAGAAAACAAUGGCAUGUUAGAGGAGACUGGAUGUUGCAGUAGUUCUAGCGGUCGUGUUGAAGGAUCCGAACCUUUUUCCAGUGUAGCAGGUUCGUCUGGCGAAUCGGAAGUUGCUAAUCAUGCUCGAGAAAGGUCCAGACUAUGGAGCAAUCGUGAUCAGAACUGCAGCGGGAAUAGUAAUCUUCAUAUCGCUCUCGCUGAUCCUUCUCAUAGUGGGCAACAUGAUCUACACUACCCUAACGGAUCGAGUCCAGCUCCGCGAGAGAAAGCAACGCUGAGUUCAUUCUUAUCUUCUUUGCAACAACGCCUACCUGUCCUCGUGAUGUAUCCUUACACAUCUGGAGCUGAGCAAGCUGAUCAUCAACAACAGAGACUCCGAAGAGAAGAUGAUUCUCUCGCUUUGAAUCAUCCAGCAGGCGAUCCUUCAGCAAUCUUUGAGGCAGCCUCAAAUCCAGAGACCCUCAUGGGUGAACAUUCUCACUCAGCGCAGAAUGGGAGCGCUAGGACACCAUCUACUUCUGCACUACGUAGAAACAGAUCACGCGCCUCUCCAUUCUGCCCUUGCUUUUCACCGACCAUGAGUAAUUCGGACACGGAUGAUGAAGAUGUGCCUGAACAUGUGGGAAGACAUUGGAGCAGCUCUGUUGCCGAAGUCCUGAGGCAGAGGCUUGCGAUAGUGGGUGAAGCCGCUAAUCAGCUGGCAGGACCUACUGUGUCGAGGCGCAUGCUUCUUAAUGAUGAAGCUCCAGCAGUCCAUCGCAUUGUGGAGUACUCUCACCAUCUCGUUCCGGACAUUGAUCGCAUUCUCAACUCAAGCUAUUACUGGGGAGUGAUGGAUCGUUUCAAAGCUGAAGAGUUGUUAGAUGGCAAACCUGAAGGCACGUUUCUUCUUCGUGACAGUGCCCAAACUGAAUAUCUCUUCUCUGUCUCAUUUCGACGUUAUCAGAGGACUUUGCAUGCAAGAAUCGAACAGGGAAACCACAGGUUCAGCUUUGACAUACAUGAUGAAAGCGUUUACUCUGCACCCACAAUCACGGAACUGAUUGAAAAAUACAAGGAUCCGGCUAGAUGCCUGUUCUUCGAGCCUCAGCUAACGUAUCCGCUAUCGCGCAGGCAUGUGUUUACACUACAGGAGCUUUGUCGAGGUGUAAUUGUCAGUCGAACAACAUACAAUGGCGUUUCAAGUUUGCGCCUACCGCCAAAACUAAAGCAUUAUCUUAGACAGUACCACUACACAAUUCCUGUCCGCACUUUGAACUUGCAGGAGUAAGCUAAGUUCAUAGCAAUGCUUCUGAGCAAACCAUCUUACGAUUUGCAUUUGUUGCUUGCUUACAAUCUGUCAUCUAUAUCUUUUGAUCAUUUGUUAGCUUUACUAUGAAGAUCUUCAGUUAUUUAGUCAAACUAUCUGUGUGUCACUUUUUUCUAAAUAGGUCUUAUUUUCGCUUUUGCUAGUACUUGCGUAACACAUAUAAUCUUAUUGCCUAAUCAUACUAUGUUCAAUGUUCUUCCUAUCAGCGUAUCUUUCAUGUAAUCAUUUUACGUUUUCCGCAAUUAGAUCUGAAUCUCCGAUAACGAUGAUGUCUAUUUUAGUCACCAAU